GAUAUUCAUGCGCAGAUGUCAACAAAUCAGAUUGAGCGAUGGGCUGAGUUGUGAGGAGGAGUCAAGAGACUGCAUGUGGCGAUUUGUUUACAUACUCAUCCGUGCACGCGUAUUCGACUAGCGGCGCGUGAUAUGUAAACAUUGCAUUUUGGAUUGAUGUGCGGAACGCGAUGUCAACCGUAGUUCGAGCGGUCACACGAGGACAGAGAGAAUGCGAGCCGCUGACCAAACUUCACUUCUGGGUUUUUUACCCAAUCCUUUUGUUGAUUAGUGUGCAAAACUGUCAAGGGACAUUAACAGAAAAAGACAUAUUAGUGAAAAACGCAGGUGUGAAUGUCCCUUUUGGUCGCCGUGUGUUUGUGAGUCCUCAAAAUGACUUGAAAAUAAAUGUGAGUAACUCUGACAAAUGUCGGGUGACAGUUUUGCAAAGUGAUCUUUUGUCUCAGAGACCAGGGAUUUUAAUACCGAAAGAAUUUCCUUGUGCCUUUCCUGAAAAUUCAGUUUACUACAUUCAUUACGGAGCCAAAGAACCCCAACAAGAUUAUCUUCAUUUAAUGAUUCAUUAUGAAUCUUCCAAUCAAACCCUUAUCAUUCCGUUUGUAUUUAAUGUUCGAAUUGAGAAUGUGCAAUAUAAAAUACUGACCAAAAAUACUCCACUUUAUGUGAGAAAUUUGUCAGAAUACAGUGAUGGUUUAUCCAACAACAAUACAGUUUUUUCCUACGACAAAGACAAUCAACACUGCAAGCUGAUGCUUGUAUCCCUCGAAACUGGAUUACCUCGGAAUGGAUACAUUGCUAAUGACACCUCAGAGUUAACUGUGAUGGACUGUGAUAAAUUUUUACAACUCAGCAUAAUGUACAAAAUUUUUGCAUUUGCUAGUUCACCAAACAGAGAUUUCAUUCCGUUAGUGGUACAAAUUAUAGACACAGAUGGUGAUGUGAUGCAUGAAGAAUAUUUUCAAAAGCCAGUAAUUAUUGAAUCAGGUCUUCAAAAUACAAGGCCCAGACCAAGCUUUAAUGCCCUUCUAGUCAUGGACGUAAGUCAAGGUAAUACUAUUGAUCAGUUUAUAAUGACAUCAAUUUCCUCUAAAAUUUUAGCAGCUGAGGAUCAGGAAACGCCCGCUGAUCAAUUGAUUUUCAAUGUUACUAAGCCCUUAGGACCUGAUCAAGGUGAAUUAGUCAGCACAAAUGAUAGGAAUCAACCACUGAGAUCAUUCUACCAAAAAGACGUUUUUGAUUUGAAAAUUGCUUACAAACCACCAAAAACUGACUCGGACCAUAUAAGGUCAUUCCAAAUUGAAUUGCAAGUAAUUGAUGGGGAUGGGAUGAAGUCUGCGCCUUUUACUCUCCUAAUUGCUGUAAAACCAAUGAAUACGCUGUCACCCAUUGUCACUCUUAACAAAGGGAUACAAAUGUUUGAAGGCCAGUCUAGACAGCUUCUUCACUCAGAUAAUCUGCAGAUUUCUGAUGAAAAUAAUUUGAGUGAAGUGAAAGUUUUUGUAGUAGAUGGAGUAAGACAUGGUCAUCUGCAGAUUCCUAGAAACAGAGAGUAUUUUACUCCCAGAGAUCUCAAGGAUGGGACAGUAUUUUAUAAACAUGAUGGCACUGAUACCUAUAGUGAUAAUAUCAUUUUCAGAAUGACUGAUGGCAAACAUGAUGUAGAAUUCUUAUUUCCUGUAACAAUAUAUCCAGUUGAUGAUGAACCCCCAAUCUUAAAUAGAAAUCUUGGACUUGAAAUUAAAAAGGGAGAUAUUGUUGAAGUAAAUAGAUUUGUUUUGGGUGCGACAGAUAUUGACAGUGAAGAUGCUAAAAUUCUUUAUUUAUUACAACCUCCAUAUUCCAAAGUUGGCAGAUUUCUUAAAAGGCAGUUUGGAACGCCUUCAGAUCUGUCAAAAUGGCAAUACAUCAAUGGAGUAUACCAGCAAAUUGUUGAUGAAUUUACGCAAGAAGAUAUAGUUGAUGGCAAAAUAUUUUAUGAACAUUUUGGGCCUGGAAUGACAAGGACAAUUGUAGACAAAAUUAGAUUGAUAUUGUCUGAUAGAAUGGACCCUCCAAACCAGUCUCAAGAGUACACAUUUGUGGUGAAAAUUUUGCCUGUUGAUGAUACUCCUCCACAACUCGCAGAGGCAACUACACUUCAGCUUAAUGUUAACGAAUUUCAAAUGACAGUGAUCAAGAAAAAGAAUCUUAGGUACACGGAUGAGAGCACCGAGGAUCGGAAUCUCAGAUAUCGGAUAAUUCGACAGCCAUUUGAUACGGAUCAAAAUGCCCAAAUACCAGCAGGAGAAAUAGUACUGUGUGAUACUCCUUCAACCGCAAUCAACAGUUUUACCCAAUCCCAAAUAAACCACUUGAAAAUUUGUUAUAUGCCUCCCAUCAUAGAGUCAGGAAUUUCAAAAAGAAUUAUAUUCUUUUAUUUCACAGUGGAAGAUAUGCAUGAAAAUACUCUGAAUAAUGAACGAUUUGUAAUAACAAUCUACCCUGUGGACAAUAAGCCUCCAAGAGUUAAAAGCAGAGGUUUUAGAGUUUUAGAAAAUGAAGAAUUUGCCAUCAAUCAAAAUGUACUUAAUAUAAAUGAUCCAGACACCGAUAACUCUCUGCUGAAAGUCAUUAUCACCCGAUUACCAAAACACGGAAUUCUAAAAAAAUUCCAGCAACCUUUAAUUCAAAAUGACAAUCUCACACUGAGUGAUAUUAUGAGUGGAAACAUCAUUUAUAAAAAUUCAGGGAGUGAAGCCACAGAAGACAGUUUUUAUGUGUAUGUUACAGAUGGUAUUCAUCAUGUACCUGUAGCGAUUCCAAUCAAAAUUGACCCUGUGGAUGAUGAACCCCCAAUCUUCAUAGGAAACCAAUCAGAUGUCCUUUUUGUCACUGUUCAGAUAAAUGAAGAUGGAAGCAGUGCUGAAUGGAACAAAGAAAUCAGAGCAACAGAUCCAGAUACAAACGAUCUGGAUCUGACUUUCACCAUCAAAUCUCGACCAAAACUAGGUAGAAUUGUGCUGAACAACCAACCAAUAGCUACUUUUACACAAAAGAAUUUGGUGGACAAAAGUGUUUUCUAUCGACAUACAAGUAGAGAAAUAGGAAUGGAGUCUGCAAAUGAUAGUUUUGAGCUUGCUUUGAUUGACAGUUCUAAGGAAUUGGAAGUCCAAAAUAACAAUGUAAAGACUGUUCGAGUUCAAAUCCAAAUUUCACCAGUCAAUGAUAAAUCCCCAAGCAUAGUUUUAGGGGCCCAAUAUGGUGUCAAUGAAGGUGAGAAAUCCCCAAUAUUACCACGCCAUUUGGAUGCAAUGGAUGAGGAUACUUCAUACAAUUAUCUACAGUGCAUUAUUACAAACCAACCGUCAUAUGGUUAUUUGGAAAAUAUGUCGCCUGCUGCAGGAUCAGAGAAAUCGCAACAAGGAAUCCCAAUAUCUGCCUUUUAUGUUGAGGAUCUGAGGCUAGGAAACAUAAACUAUGUCCAAAGUGUUCAUAAAGGUGUUGAAAUCAGAAGGGAUGAGUUUCGAUUUUAUUGCAACGAUGGAAUUAACCAGUCUCCCAUUAAACGUUUUCCAAUUGUUGUGUAUCCAGAAAACGAUGAAGAACCUGAGGUGUAUAUUAGGGAGUUCAUUGUCAUGGAAGGCAUGGAGUUGAAAAUUGAUACCCCUAUUCUAAAAGCUGUGGACAAAGAUGAUCCCAAAGGGUCCUUGACCUAUAUCAUUUCAAGGCCACCACAUCAUGGUCAGAUCAUACAACAAAGGACCAUUGCAGGCAUUUUUCCAGUGUCAAGUUUUAGUGAAACUGACAUAGCUAAGUCUUCCACUAUUAUGUAUAAACAUGAUGAUUCUGAAUCGCUCAGAGAUUCCUUUGAAUUUAUCCUGACUGAUGGCAAGUUUAACAUCACCCGUACCAUUCCUAUAAUGAUUUUACCAAUAGAUGAUGAGACACCCAGAUUAUCUGUAAACAAUGGACUGGAUAUUGAGGUAGUAGGAGGGAAAAAACUGAUCACUAAUAAUCAUUUGAGAGCAGAGGACAUUGAUUCAGAGGAUUCAAAAAUCACAUUCAUUAUAAGAGGCUAUCCUAGAUAUGGAUAUGUUAUGAAGAGAGGACAUGAUGGGGUUGUGAGAAAUUUAACCCUGCACAUGAACUUCACCCAGUUUGACAUAGACAACAACAGAAUCUGGUAUGUCCACACUAGCAGUAAAAGUGGACAAGACAUCAUUAAGCUAGACGUAACAGAUGGCUUGAACCCAAUCGUGGACCGUUACUUUUAUGUGACCAUUGCAGAGUUGGACACCAUUUAUCCCCAGGUGAUAAGCCGAGGGGUGCAGUUACCAGAGGGGGGUUUUGUGACCUUGACCACAGACAUGAUAGGUGGCACUGACAUCAACUCUCCUGAUGAAGACCUGAGGUUUACUGUUACUCAAGCUCCCGUCCAUGGUAUUCUUGAAUCUACCGACGGACCAGGGAUUCCCAUACUGACAUUUACUCAACUUGACCUGGCUGGUAGCAAGAUCCGAUAUGUUCACAGUUCAAAUUCAGAAAUCAAAAUGGAUGGUUUCCAGUUUGAAGUGACAGAUGGGAGGAACCCUGUUAUGCGAACUUUUAGAAUAGCAAUCACGGAUGUUGACAACAAGAAGCCAGUGCUAUUCUGCAAUAAUCUCAGAAUUCAAGAAGGAGGAUAUAAAAUCAUUACCCCUUUCGAACUGCGGGUUGAAGAUUUGGACACACCAAACAAAAGAAUCACAUUUUACAUCACACAGGUUCCUCUACAUGGCAAUAUUUUGAAAAACUUCUCCCAGACUGUGAAUACCUUUACCUAUGAUGACAUUGUGAGAAACCUUAUUACUUAUCAGCAUGACGGAACUGAGACGACUAAAGAUGAGUUCUCGUUCACCAUCACAGAUAACACUAAUGUAGAUUUCUACAUCCUGUCGGACAUGUCCAUUCCUACUAGACUUCCUCAGACUCUGACCAUUGAGGUUGUCCCUGUGGACAAUGGAAUUCCAAAUGUGUCCAUAAAUAAAGGAAUUACCUUCCUGAGUUACCUGCCUAAUGGAAGAAUAGGGGCAAAAAUUACUAGCAAGGUACUACAGGCAGAAGACAGGGACAGCUCAGCAGACAGUUUAACCUUUCUUUUGACUGUUCUUCCUGACCAUGGGCAUCUCAUCAACAUGAAUAUGGGCAGUGAAGCCAUAAGCUCAUGGACUCAAGAAGACAUAAACGAGGGCCGAAUCUACUACCUGCUGAACGCAGCCUCCAAUGCUACUGAUGAUACAUUCUUUUUCAAGCUCCGAGAUAAAGGAGGAAAUGUUUUACCAAACCAGCCUUUCCAUCUUACUUGGUGCUUCAUAUCAUUUACUGCGGACAGACAGGAAGUUAAUGAAACAGACACCUUAGUAAUAGAAUUACAAAGGAGGGGGUAUCUUCAGGAGACAGUCUUCGUCACAAUAAUUGCAGUUAAUGGAAGCGCCAAAGUCGGAGUUGAUACGCAUAAAUGGUUUAAUCCUCAAAUUCAAUUUAACCCAGGCCAAACAUUAAAAACAUGGACUCUCCACAUAGUGAAUGACAAUCGAUAUGAGGGGACAGAAGAUUUUCAGCUGAGACUAAGUGACCCUGUUUUGGGUAUUCUAGAGUACCCACAAAUUUCCAACUUUUUCAUUACAGACCCAGAGGAUGAACCAGUGGUGGAAUUGAUGUGGCAAGAGAGACGCGUUGCUGAAAACAUUGGAGAAAUCUUUGUCCCUGUUCGCCGGACAUCUGGCGAUUUACGAAAUGAACUCACCGUUAUUUGUGGAACGGUUUCAGGUACGGCAGUGGGAUCCCCACCAGGACAUAUUCUGUCUGGGUCGGACUUCUUCAGCCGACCCUUUGAUCAGCGCAGCGUGGUCAGGUUUGGUCCCCAGGAACGGGACAGACACUGCAGGGUGACCAUCAUUGAUGACUCUCUUUAUGAGGCGGAGGAAAGUUUCAAGGUUGUUUUGACAGACGUCAUGGGUGGACUGAUUGGAAUUAAAAAUGAAACCAUUAUCUUCAUAGAAGCAGAUUCAAAAGAUGAGCCCCAGUUUUCAUUUGAGAGAUCUGAAUACAUGGUUGAUGAGAGCGAGCAGCAGCUAAAAGUGGGGAUCCGGCGAACCGGGACAGACCUCUCCAAACCGUCCAGUGUGACCAUUCGCUCACGCAUGACCAAUCCCAAAUCAGCUCAAGUUGGUCUGGACUAUAUUGCAGUCAAUAAGAUCCUGGACUUUGCUCCGGGUGUUACCUUAAACACAAUAUCAAUCCAGAUCCUGGAUGACCUGGGCCGACCCCAUCUGGAAGGGGUCGAGCACUUCCAGAUUGUGUUGAAGUCUACAAUUGGAGGGUUACUGGGGUCACCAGACAAAGCCAUGGUUUACAUAAACGACAGUGUAUCAGAUGUUCCCUCCAUGGAGUUUGAGGAUCCGGAGUACUUUGUGAAUGAGGAGAAGGGUUUCGUGGAGGCCCGUAUUGUGAGGUCAGGGGACCUAACCCAUGACUCCAGUGUCAGAUGCUACACCAGGCAGUACACAGCCAAGGUCACUCAGGACUUCAUUGAAAGAAUGGACAGUGACAGCUCGAGAGUCCAUUUUGAACAAGGUGAAAAACAGAAGAGAUGCCGAGUGUAUAUUGUGAAUGACAACACUUUCGAGCCAAAUCCAGAGGUAUUUAGGCUUGUGCUAGGUAAUCCAGAGAGCCAAGCAGCUGGAUUAGCUAAAAUUGGAGGAAUGAACUCAACAUUAGUCAGGAUUAAUGAUGAUUCAGACAAACCCAUUAUCAAAUUUUCUCGGCCAAGAUAUUUUGUUAAUGAGCCCUUGCUUCCCGGGGAUGUGUCCAAGGUGCUGAUUCCAGUGUUAAGGCUUGGGGACACCUCUGGUGUAUCCAGGGUUCUGUUCCACACCAAGGAUGGUUCAGCGGUCAGUGGGACUGAUUAUGAUCCGGUUGCUAAUGAACUUUUGUUUAAUCCUGGUAUGACUACCAUACACAUGGAGAUUUCUAUCCUGUAUGAUGCUGCAAGGGAGAUAAGUGAAGUUUUUACUGUUCAUCUUGGACAAGACCGAAAUCUAAUAGCAGAAGUUAAGCGUAAUGACAGAGCUCAGGUGGUGAUAGAGGAGAAAAACCGCCUGGCAGAUGUGGUGUUCCCACUUAAACCGCUCGUGGUGUCACUUCGUGACUAUGACCAAGCUGCCACUGCGGAGAGCAAUCCAAUCAAUGGAUACCCUGUCAUCUGUGUCACGGCAUGUAAUCCAAAGCAUCCUAAGUAUGCAGAAUUGUCUCAGAUCUGCAGAAGCCUUGGAAUUAAUGAUGAUGCCACACGGUUCCGUUGGAAAGUGGCGGCUCCAACACACAAGAGUGGAGUGACCUAUCCACUGGAGGACAUUAAAUCUACCACCUUCUUUGCAUCCUCAACUGGGAUUACUCUUGACAGCAUAUACUUUACUGCAGGAAGCAGAGUACAAUGUAUUGCCCGAGCCUUCAACUCCCAGGGUCACCCAGGCAAGGAAGUGGACAGUGAGCCAGUUACUAUUGAUUCUGAAAAUGGAAUCUGCAUGCCUAAAGAAAAUGGAGUUUUUGGGAACAGUCCCUACCAGGCAACCAUCAGAUACCAAGGACCUAAAAGCACAGAUCACCCCAACAAAGUAAAGAUAUCUGUCACUAUUCCUCACAAUGACGGGCUCCUACCAGUGGUUUCCACAUACCAGCCAUCCAACUUUGACUAUAUCCUGACCCCCAGCAGCCUGAGGGUGGCUCAGCACCAGUGUUCUAAUUUACUGGACGCCACAGAACACCAGGGAGGGUUCACUUCGAAUGCCACACGCCACAGGAAUACGCCAAGAGAUUCUGAGCCUUACCAACAUGACGUGGAGUUACGCACAGCCCGAACGCUGAGAUUUUAUAGGAAUUUGGACCUAGAGUCCUGUGUUUGGGACAUCACAGGCUACUUUGAUAUGUCAGAACUCUUGUCCAAAUGUGGAGGUCACAUCAGGUCUGAUGGACAGUCCAUCUCCUCCACGAUGUCUGCCAUUACUUUGGAUGUCUGGCUCUUUGUGUCCUAUGUGCGGUAUUCCCCCUCUGUCCCAGGGGCGUGGUUCCACCAGGAUCACCAGAUAAACCUACCCCUCACCUUCGUGUACAAUACAGGCAUCAUGUGGAGAAAUGGCAUUGUGUCCCCUUCAAAAGUAGACCUUAAAGGAAAUUUGUAUCUGUCAGCAAUGAGAGUUCUCAAAGAUGGCAGACUUCAUGUGUCUUUUACUACCAGAGCUCAUUUUAAUGGAAAAUUUGUUAUGCAGCAUUCCACCUUUCAAGGUCUCACCUCCUCGUCUGUGACGUCUCCUGACCGCCCAGGAUUAGGUCUGUCCCUCCAACUCCUCGGGGGGGACUCCACAUUCAGUCAGCCAGAACAGCACUGGCAAUUUGAGUCAGAUACUGCACUUGACGACUAUACAGGUAUAUACAACAUCACACUGAUUCCCUGCCUCACACCUGUGUACGAGGCCUACACCUUGGACACUCCCUGCCAUCCUGAGUCCCCAAUUUCUUUCUCCCUCCCGAUCCAGUUCCAACAAAUCAGUAACCCUGUACCUGUUGAGUACACACUCAAUACAGACCUCAGCCUAACAAGGAAGAGAGACCAGUGGAUCUCAGAGAAACCAUUGAAAUACGGACAUAAACUUGGAUCCUCUUUUGCUCCUGGGGAGAAAAUUUAUGGGCGUAUAGACAUGAAUGCUGUGGAGACGAUGGGAGAUCAUGUGAAGAUCUCGCUGGAGAAGGUGUUCCUGUGCUCGGGCAAGGAUGGAUACAUUCCAACAUACGACCCUCAAAAUGGGCAGUAUGGCUGUCUGUCCAAGUCAGAAAAUCUAGAAUACCAGGUUAAAGUUAUUGACCGCUUGGCUCCUUUUACAGUCGACAGAGAUUUGAAUGGAGUUCCUUUGACGGCUAAAUUGGCUGAAGAUGAAGGUGCCCUGACGUUGAUAAAGCAACCUGGGGCUGAUGGCUUUGUCAUUGAUACAGAGCCAUUGUUUGAGAGUGACCCAGACAGACUUUGGUUCAUCCACGUCAUUUACAAUUUACUCUCACCAAAUUCCAUAGACGACAGGGUUGUACCGUAUCAUUCCUUGCCCGGGGAGGAUGCAUCCUUCCCAUGGCAAAAGAGACAAAGGAGGUCUCCAGAUGUCAUGCAGGCGUUGGGUGUGGCUGGAAAGGGCACAAACAUGAUUAGAAUUGUCCUCACAGAGGAACAUCAAGAAGAAGACACCACAGCGGGAAUAUCCGAGGUUUCUGAGGACAAGGGAGGAGAGAGGUCCUCACUCAUUCCAAUACUCGUAGGAAUAGCGGUGUUACUGUGUCUUACUCUUAUACUGCUGGUUUUCAUUAUCCGAAAAAAGAGGAAGGAUUCCUCACCCCCACCCACACCAGACAGUACGAUGACGGUGGUCUCUUCGGGGCCCCGCAAGGUUGUGGUGAAAAUUGACACUAAUGGGGACUUCACAGAAGUGUAGCACAAAUAUAAGCUUGCUAUCAACAGAUCUUUCAUAGAAAAUGUAUUAAUACUCAUAAAUCAGCUCAAAAUUCAUAUUUUCUGAUGCAACAAUCAAAUUCUGAUUUAAUCUAGAAAUGAUAUUUUAAGUAAUGUUGAUAUUAUAAGUGAUAUUGAAAUCCAGAUAUUUUAACCAUAAAAGAUUACGCAUAUUAGUAAUUAGAUUAUUGUCACAUGAUAUUGGUGGUCAGAAAAGACAAAAACAAGAGAUACCUCAUGAUAUUAACACCACAAUUAAAGUCCACUCUGUUUUGUUGUAUUUAAGUCUACAUAUAGCAUUGAUGAUCUACUAGUCUGCAUUCCACUGGUUGUUUGUGUAAAUUGUUGUGUGGUAUGUUAUAAUGUUUCAAACCUAGUUUGGUAUUUGUCUUUAUUGUCAGUGUGCCUUAAUUGAUGAAUGUGGCUUUGUCUCUGUGAUGUUUUAUAUGUUUAUGUAUAUAUGCAUUCAUAAAUGUAUGCUUAUAAGAACAUAAUGUAGAUCAACUGCUGUGUUAAGUAAUUAUAUGUAAGAUGUCAGAUAUUUGUAGAAGCUGUUGAUAUCUCAUGAUCAUGUGACACAGAUUUGAAAUAUUUUGCAUUCCAAGAUAAACAGCGAUUACCAAUAAUUCAUGUUCAUGGUUGUAUGAAUGUUUUAACUCCUUUGAAAUGAUGUUUGACAGAGGAAAGUUGGCUCUGUAUGUUGUAUGAUUGUUUAUGAUUUGAAUCCAAGAUAUUGAUAUCUCUAACAUUAUUACGAAGUUUUCUUGAAUACAAAGUCAUUGAUAUCUCUAGCGCCAUAGUAAAUAAAUUAAGAUCUUCUCUUUGUUAUUUAUAAUGUGAACUGUAGGCUACUGUUUUAUAAAAUUAAGUAUGUCUAAGUGAUAUAUAAAUGUACACUCAUCCCAUUAAUUACACAAGGUUGUAUAAUAUGAAAUGUAUUUAAACUGUGUUUUCAUCAAUAUGUGCCUAUUGGUGUUUUUUUAAGCCAAAACCAAAGACUAUAUUUGUUUUUGAUAUUUGAUUGCCAUAUUUUUUCUGCAUUGGUGUUGGACAAUAUAUGUUUACAGUUUGUGUUUGAACGCAGCUAAAAAUAUACUGAUAAUGAUUGCCAUGUUUUUUAUUUACAGAAUUCAAACCUGACAACCCAUCUGACUUCAUUUCUUGGUUGACAAAAAAAAAAAAAUUAAUUACAUUUCCUUCUUAAUAAGUAUCAAAUGUUUUUAUGUGAACUGCAAUUAUUGACCAUGUGCCAUUCAACAUGGGGUAAGAACAUCAGGAACAGGGAAAACGUUUGAUGCUAAAAUUGUUAAUUAAAAUUGAUUAUGGUAUUGUCAGACUUUCCCAAUUUUUAAAAUAUUAUAUUAAAAUCAACAAAGUUCCCAUAUUACAUGUGUAUUAGCUUACCUACAUUGAUGCAGCUAAGGUGAUAGAUAUAAUAUUUGCUUAAUUUUAACCGCAUUGAAAUAUGUCAACUUUUAUAUGGAAUGGUGUGUAGUGUUCAGUGCAAGUGAGAAGACAAAACGCACAAUGAACUCUUUUUAUUUUUAUUUGUUCUUAUGUACAUAUGUAUGUCUUUUUUUAUUAUUUUUUCUUGAAAUCAGCGUGUUUGUUGUAAGAUGAAGUGCUAUACACAUGCAUUAUUCAUUUGUUUUGUUGUAUGCUGCGAUGUACACUUGUCAAUGGUGUAUUGAAUUGUCAAUUAUGAAUGAUAAUAAAUUACAUGCAUAAAAAUUUAA